UUUGUAGUACGGACAUUGUUUACUCAUGCGCAUCGACGCAAAUGGUAAUUUCAUCACUAGAUUAUGAAUUAGUUUCGUAAUGUAAUAGGAUAAUUGGUUGUGCUACUAUAUGGCUUUGAUUGGGGAUGUUUAAUGUGAAUAUAAUUUUAUGCUGCAUGAACUAUUUGGAUUAUCAGAAAAGAUCUCUAUUUGAUUGAGUUCAAAAAAGUUUUAAAAAAGAUGCUUAUCCAUGAUCAUAAGCCUACAGUAGCUGAAAUCUAUGGUUAUGGAAUCUUAGCUAAUGCAAUAUGUUGCAUAUGUUCAAUUGGCGGAGCAGUGAUUUUGCCAUGCGCAAAACGGUUUUCAAAUGCAUACCACGUGUUUUUGUCUAUUUUUAUGGGGUUAGCUGUAGGAACAUUAUUUACGGGAGCAGUAGUACAUUUGAUCCCUGAGGCUUUAGGAAUUCACAGCCACGGUGCACACGAACACGAACAUAACGAAACAGAAAUCCACCAUGAGGAGGAUCAUCAUAAGGAAUACCAUGUGGAUGACUAUAUUUGGUACUGUAUGGUUAUCUUGUUGGGAACAUAUUCAUUUUAUCUUCUUGAAACAGUGAUGUCUAUUGUAAAAAGGAAAAAGGGGAUAAUAGCAGACCCUGAUCCAACACCGGAGCCAGUAGUAAUGACAGUUGACAAGCCGAAUGGGGAUUUUCAUAAAAUGGACGAGAUUAGUUCGAGCGACUCAAAAAGUAUGAAAUCUGUAAAUUCACAAAAAGAAUCAGGUGUUACAUCUUUAGCACUUAUGAUUAUAAUUGGUGAUGCAAUACACAACGUAACCGAUGGUCUUGCUUUAGGAGCAGCUUUUUCCAGUAGUAUAGGAGAGGGAAUAUCACUUACCAUCGCAAUAUUUUGUCAUGAGUUGCCACAAGAGUUAGGUGAUUUUGCUAUAUUGCUGAACAGUGGAAUGUCAUUUUGGAAGGCAAUAUUGGCGAAUUUGUUUGCGUCACUGUCAGCCUUUAUUGGAUUUUUUGUCGGUGUUCAAGUAGCAACAGAUGAAACUGCCGUUAAGUGGAUUUUUGCCUUUACAGCUGGGAACUUUUUAUAUAUAUCUUUAGUUGACAUGUUACCAGAGCUAGUCAGGCAUGGAUGUGGAAGUGUGAAGACAGUUUGCUAUCACAACAUUGGAAUGAUAUUUGGGGCAUUUAUUCUUGUUGUUAUAGCAGUUUUUGAAGAGCAUAUAGAUGUUCAUUAAUAUUGAGAUAAUGAUUUAAACUGGUACAUUCGGCAUAAACUAUCUUAUCUUAAAACUCAACUCUACAGUUCAGUGUCCUAGCAAUUUUUUCAAUGCAUUUGGAUUUGUUGUAAAUAUUAUUCUUUAAUGUUACUUGUCCAAUUUAUCGUCAUUCGUAAACUACAGUUUUUCGUGUCCUUCUCCCUCCAAAUCAUCGGAAACACAACAAUCUGUCAGUCUUUUAGGAUUGACGAAAUACUAACUUCAGUGUACACAACAAGUGUUUCUUAAAUAACUUUAUCAGGUACGCUUGAAACUGAACAUUAUGAUCCUAUAGAGUUAACUUCCUUUAUGUGAUUGACAACUAAAGAUUUAUAAUGAUCAUAUAGCGUGUAAAAAAACAUUAACGAUAAGAUGUAAUAAAGAGUUGACAAAUUGAUGUUAAAACCCCAAAAAACACAAAUAAGACGACGGUAUGGACCUCAGUUUUAUAUGAAGUCAUUUAAUGUUGAGAUACUAGUUAAUUAAUUUCUAGUUGUGUUUUCUAGGAAAUCACUUUAUUUAAGUCUAAAACACAAAUGUAUGAAAAUGAUGUCGUAUUUUGUUUUCAUAUUCAUUGCAGUUUUUUGUAUAGAUAUUUAGAAUUGCUGAACUGAUUUUGUAAUGAAAGCAUUGUAAUUUGUCCAAUGAAACAUGUUUUGUUAUUACUGACGUUUCAUUUAUUGUCAUUAUUUAAAUAUGUGUUGACACAUAAAAUGUUGACUGAAAAUGUCUCAUUUCAUAUCGAGUUAUAUGGGUUUUUAGUCAGAUCAAAGAAUAAUUUCAAGAAAUCCGAUAAAAAAUUUAAAAAAAAACAAUUGUUAACUAGAUAUAUAGGAAAUGUUUGAAUAUUGUUUUGCUCGAUUAUAUUAGUAAAUAUUAUUCAUGAGCUUACAAACAGAUUAUACAAUCUGUCUGAUUGAAGGUGUUUUCUGCAAAUGUAUAUGUUACAGGUGUCAAAUGUUUGCGGUUGUUGGUUCUCUGUCUCUGGUAACCAUCUGCUACUGUCUAUCUUCAUUUUUACAAUAAAUUUGUUUACAUACAA